CGAGCAUUCAGUAAGUGGCGAGCCGUCGUGCGGGACUGGUGUCGGCGUGACUGGAGCCGUGUUGUGUGGAUCGUGAGUGACUCGGGUCUGCAUGGUUGACCCGGCGCGGUGUUCCGGCUGCCCGUGGCCCCCCGCGGGUCUCGCCCGUGUCCCCUCGCUGCUCGCCGUGCAUCGCAGCCUCAAGAUCCAACCUGUCAAGGCCGAGCUGCACGACAUGUCCUCCGACCAGCCGCAGAAGAAACGGCGGCUGAGCCUGUGCGUGGGCUGCGGCGCCCAGAUCCACGACCAAUACAUCCUGCGAGUGGCGCCCGACCUCGAGUGGCAUGCGGCUUGCCUCAAGUGCGCCGAGUGUCACCAGUUCCUCGACGAGACCUGUACCUGCUUUGUGAGAGACGGAAAGACAUACUGUAAAAGAGACUACGUCAGAUUAUUUGGGACCAAGUGUGACAAGUGCAGCUUAAGCUUCAGUAAAAACGAUUUUGUGAUGCGUGCAAAAACGAAAAUCUACCACAUAGAGUGCUUUAGGUGUUCGGCGUGCGAGAGGCAGUUGAUCCCCGGGGACGAGUUCGCGCUCCGGGAGGACGGCCUCUUCUGCAAGGAGGACCACGAAGUGCUCGAAAAGACCACGAACGGCGAGAACAAUAACAAUAACACCAACAUCAGCAAUAACAAUAAUAAUAACUCAAGUAGUAGUUUACACCACAACGAAGGAUCGAAUUCGGACUCCUCGGAAUCGGGCUCGCACAAGGGCCGCGACGGCUCGGGGGGCGGCCGAGGGGGCGGGGGCUCGACCAAGGUGUCGUCCGACGGCAAGCCGACCCGAGUGCGAACCGUGCUCAACGAGAAGCAGCUCCACACGCUGCGCACCUGCUACUCGGCCAACCCCCGCCCCGACGCCCUCAUGAAGGAGCAGCUCGUCGAGAUGACUGGCCUCAGUCCCCGCGUCAUCCGCGUCUGGUUCCAGAACAAGCGCUGCAAGGACAAGAAGCGCGCCAUCGCCAUGAAGCAGCAGCUGCAGCAGGAGAAGCUCCUGUUUCAGGAUGGCCGCAAGAUGGGCUACGGCAGCAUGCAGGGCAUCCCCAUGGUGGCAUCCAGUCCCGUCAGGCACGAGAGUCCUCUCGGCAUGAACCCCAUAGAGGUGCAGUCCUACCAGCCGCCCUGGAAGGCGCUCUCCGACUUCGCCCUGCACACCGACCUCGACAGGCUAGACCCGUCCGCGCCGCCUUUCCAGCAUCUCGUCAGUCAGAUGCACGGUUACGACAUCCACCACGGUGGUCCUCCUCCGGCCCACGAGAGCUCCCUCGGUCCUCCCCCCGGCGACAUGGUCCAUCCUGACUCAGCCGACUCCUACGUCACCUACCUCGAAAGCGACGACAGCCUUCACCAUGAUGCGCCCAGCCCAUAACGGUCGUUAGUGUAGAAUAAAAGGAUCCGCAACCGUUGAGAGAGAGAGAGAGUGGGUGAGAAGCCGCCACAUGACUGCCGGUUACAGCCGACUUGGGAAAGAAAGCAAAAAUGAGAGAGGGCUGAUGUCAACACCAUCAAUCUGCACUCUGCUGCAAAACGUCAAUGGAUAUGGAUGGAUAGAAUGGCUGGAAGCGCGCGUCAUCUGUAAAUAUAGCGUACUAAAUAGUGUAAAUAAUGAAUGAAACCAACAGAAAUGUAAAUUGAAAUAUAGAUCAGUCACCUCAUGUGAUAUGUCCGUUACGUUUAGACCCUGCAUUUGAAUGGAUGCAUAAAUUUAUAAUUAGAUAUUACUCGAAGUUUCAAUUUGUUGGUAAAGCCAUGUUUGUAAUUAUUGAUUGAUUUUGAUAGUCAAUGAUUUUAUAAGCAAAUGAUUAAGGAACUGACUGAAAAUGUUACCUGAUAGAAAUUUCGUGAUAUUACUCGAUAAUUGUCAUAAAAGAAAUUUCAUUGUAUUGUGAAUCAAACAAAUAGCCAAGGCCCAAAACUUCCUUGAAAAAAUUGAAUCCAAUGUAUUGUGAACAUAAAUGAGAUGUGAUAAUAAUGUAAACUUUGUAGAAAAAAUUAUAUGAAUUCAGUUGAUAAAGAGGCAAUUGGAAAUACAGUUUUAAUAGAAGAAGCUACUUUCAAAGUAGAAAACAACUUAAAUUGUUCAUCAUGGAUUGGCUUAUUGUUGAUCAAUUUGUACGAUGCCAAGCAUUAAAGUGAAUCCUCGAAAUUUUUCUAAUAUUUUGUAUUAUAAUUUUCCUCUAUAGUGCGGUCCACGUUAUAAUGGCAGUAUUUGAUUAUCUUUGAUGUUGCUAUCCUUGUCUAUCAUUCCACAAAAUAGGUGGUACUAUCCUUUUUUAGCUGCAUAGAGAUGCCAAAUAUGUUUUUGACAAUAUGGAAAUAUAAUUAAUUAAGGCAGAGAACAGGCAACGCUGCUCUUCUAUCUUUAUCCACUGCCAUUAUAACGUGGACCUCACUAUAGUAGGAUAGGACAAUGGAUUCAAACAAGUACUGAAUUCCAUAAUGGAUUGAACAAGAGUAAUUGUCGACCACUGGUUAUUAAUAAUUCUGUUCAUGAAGAACUAUCAUUAUGCACAAUGAUUAUAGAUAGAAAUAUGACUGUCAUUGCAUGGGUACUUUGAAUGAGUAAGAGCAAAUUGAUUGCAGUGUUGUCACAGUAUACAUACAGUAUGGAAAUUUGGCUAGUACCCUGGCGCAAAAAUCCACCAUCUUGUUAGGAAGCGCCGCUUUGUAAUAGUAUUGAUGCGAGGUUCGGAUCACUUUAAUGAUUCGGAUCAAUUGAUCUCGUUCACUGCCACGAGCCAAUGAGAAGACCAGGAUUGGAGCUUCCUAAGGUCACGUGACGUGUCUAGUAUUUGCGCCAUGUAAAAAGCAUUGUUUGGAUAGGCGUUUGAUUGACAGUUUCCAUUCUGUACCUAUUCUGUGGUGUUGUCACUCGUGGCUGGAAAAGUAUUUUUAAAUCAAAUAACAAAAUAUUGUCAAUUCUCAUUUAGAUAAGAGUGAUUUUUUUGGCUAUCACAGUCAUAUCUAUUUGGCAUAUCUGUGUUAUAUCUGUCAACUUAUAUCUGUCUCACAUACAAGUGCACAAUACGGUCUUUUCUGUCUCCCAACUAAACGGUUGGAACAGACGCGACGGAUUUCGGUCGCGUUCCGUCGCGCUUUUUUCUCUCGUUACAGAACGCAUAGCCUCUUAUGGGGACACGAAAGCCUAGUGUUCCCCAUGCGGGAUCAUUUUUUCGCAUCUAUUCCGCCCAUAUAGUUGGGUAAAGAUUGAUGAAAACUGUAUUACUACUUGUGUGCAGUGUGUGAAUUCUUGGGAUUAGAACUGGAAGAGCUAAUUCAGGAAAUUUGGAAAAAAUAUUCAAACGAAAUCAAUCGUUUUACAGAAUUCAUACAUUGAAAUUAAAUACAAAUUCAAUUGCGGACGGAAUCGAAAAAUAUUAAAAAGAGUAAAGGACAUUUCAUUAUGAAGCAUUCAUUAUUUCCCACAAUACGUUUGAAAUAUUGACGUGUACGUAGUAAAUAUUCUCUACAUAUUCUCUUAAUGAGGACGUUCUCCUCAAUCACUACUUUGUGUUUUUUAUGUUAACUGACUAUAUAUUAAUAUUAUUUUAUUAAAAUGAGAUUAUAUUUUGUGUGAUGCAUCAAAUCUACUCACUGUACUUUGGAUGAUACAGUACAACAGAAUACAAUAUGUUAUAGUACAAUCUAAUUGCAAUACGUGUAGUUUAGAUUGUUUUUGAACAUCGAAUGGACAAUUACAUUACAAUCUUUAGUCAAUUAUAUUCGAAAUAAGAUAAAUGUUCAUGUAAAAUUACGGACAAAAUUACAUCACAUGAGGUGAAUAUCUAUGUAAAUAAAUUUUACAUAAUGUAAUUAUGAUGAUUGACUCAUUAUUGUAAAAUUUAAUGAAUUACGAUAAGAAAUAAAUUGUAAUUGUUUCUACUGAA